UGUCCGGUUGAGAGGAGGUGUUGUGGAGUCUGAUGGCAGAAACAACCCCGAGGAGAGCAUUGUGGCUGAAUGAGCGGCGAGGUAAAGGUGCUCCUGGAGAAGCACCGUGGAGAAGAUGGGCAGAAAUGUUCAUGAUGAUUUCCAGGUUUGCUGUCAUCCUCUUCUCUGAAACUGUCUCCCAUGAGUCCAGAGUCAGUGCUGUGAUGGAGGUGGAUUUCUGAUCAGCUUAUUGAGGUGCUUGGCAUCUCCUGCAGUGAUGACCACACCAUAGGAAAGAACGCUGGCCACAAAUGACUGGUAAGAGAAACGCUAGUAGUCUGCUGCACACACUGAAGGACCUGAGCCUCUGUAGGAAGAAGACCCUGCUCUGGCCUUUGCUGUAUAGCGCAUAGGUGUUGUCUGUCCAUUCCAAUCUGCAGUUCAUGUAGACCCCAAAGCACCUGUAGGACCUGCACUACCUUUACCUCCUCCCCUGUAAUGGUUCCUGGUCUUACAGACUCUGUAAUCACCACUUCAUUUGUCUUCCUAAUGUUAAGCUGCAGGUUGUUUUCACAGUUAACAGCAACUUAACUGUCAUCAGUCAUCAGAGAUCUUCUGCAGGAGCUGAAGAGUUGCUGAAGGUCCAAUGUGUAGAGCGUAAAGAAGAAAGGAGAGAGGACCGUUUCACUGAGCCGACCCGGUGCUGCUCACUGUCCCAUGCACGUUCAGCCGGAAUUCAGGGCUGCGUCCCCAACUGCUUUCAGUGCUCUGUAUAGGCAUAUUAAUGUCACACACACACACACACACACACAUACUACACACACUACACAUAGUGUAAUGAGUAGUGUGUGAUUUGAGACACAGCCUACACAGUAGUUACCCAUGGGAAAGGAAAGAGGUUGUGUGUGUGUGUGUGUAAUCAGAUCUUUGAGUCUUAGGCUCACAAGACAUGAAUCUGUGUGUGUGUGUGUGUGUGUGUGCAGUUUAAAAUUAGACCAAGACUCAUGACAUGCGCACACACACACAUUUACUUCUCCUUCACUUUCCUCUCUGUUUCUCUUGUCUCUCUCUGUGCUGGUUUUGUGUGUGUGUGUGUGUGUGUGUUUGAGACAGAGAGAGAUGGGUGUUACAGGUGUGUAUUCAGCAUGUAAAGGAUUUCUGAGCUGCUUCUGCCCAUGUCACAGUGUGAGACGUGGUGAUGAUGAUGAUGAUGGUCACCUUCUGUAUCAGGAUGGAUAUAUGCUGCAGGACAGAUAUGAGAUUGUGAGUACCUUGGGGGAGGGGACUUUUGGCAAAGUGGUGCAGUGCAUUGACCAUCACAGACAAGGCUCUCAUGUUGCUCUGAAGAUUAUUAAAAAUGUGGAGAAAUACAAAGAAGCAGCUCGACUGGAAAUAAAUGUUUUGGAGAAAAUCAAAGAGAAAGAUCCAGAAAACAAACAGUUGUGUGUGUGUAUGUACGGUUGGUUUCAGUACGGUGGUCACGUGUGUAUCAGUUUUGAGUUGUUGUCUCUCAGCACAUUCGACUUCCUGAAGCAGAAUAAUUACAUUCCAUACACACUGGAGCAGGUGAGACACAUGGCCUAUCAGAUCUGCAGCGCUGUGGAGUUCCUCCAUGCUAACAGGCUAACACACACUGAUCUGAAACCAGAGAAUAUUCUGUUUAUUAACUCCGACUUCACCACCUGCUACAACCCUGACAAGCAGUGUGAGGAGCGUGUGUUAAAGGACACGGCAGUGAAGGUGGUGGAUUUUGGCAGUGCGACGUUUGAUCAUGAACAUCACAGCACCGUCAUCUCCACACGACACUACCGUGCCCCUGAGGUCAUCCUGGAGCUUGGGUGGAGUCAACCGUGUGAUGUCUGGAGUAUCGGCUGCAUCCUGUUAGAGUACUACCUCGGAUACACACUCUUUCAGGCUCAUGAUAACAGAGAACACUUAGCCAUGAUGGAGACAAUACAAGGACCAAUUCCUUCUAGAAUGAUCCGUAAAACAAGGAAGCAGAAAUAUUUCUCUGGAGGUCAUUUGGACUGGGACAAGAAUUCACCAGCAGGAAGACACGUCACACUCAUCUGCAAACCACUAUGUCAGUAUUUAUUACGUGAAUCAGAAGAUCACUGUCAGCUUUUCAGCCUGUUGGAGAUGAUGUUGGAGUUUGAACCUGAGCGGCGUCUGUCCAUCUCCUCCUCCCUCCAUCACCCAUUCUUCUCCUCCCUUCAUAACUUAUGACCUCUGACCUUCAAGAAUUUUUUUAACUCCUUUGCCCAUGCACUGCUGUGUUGGUAUGGCUAUAGAGGCGGGACAUGCUGCUACCCUGUCUGUAACUGACAGCUGAUCCAGCCAAUCAAAAGAGAGGCAAUACUAAGUGCUGAUUGGUGGAAGUGAACGUCAGCAACGCUCUUCAAAGGACUAAUCAGAUUACAGUCUAUCCCUUUGAUGGACAGAUCCACAGAUAAUUAUUUAUAGCACCUUAGAGCACUUCUAUAAGGCCUGUGAAUUGACAUCAUGUCACGGAUUAAUUCUUCAUUUCAGCAUAUCUUUUGGGUGCCAAUACUUUUGAGCAGUGUAAUUAUUUGAAGUCGCUUGAAGCCCAUGUUCAGGUGAAUGACUACACGACCUGCAGCGCUACAAGAAGCCACAAUGUGAUAACACACGUUCAUUAAAAUAUAGUUCCAGUGCUCUAACCUUCAGUGAGUUAUUCAUUUACUGACAAUGAACAUUGUAGUAUUCCACACACUGUAGUAUUCCGUACACUGUAGUAUUCUGUACACUGUAGUAUUCUGUACACUGUAGUAUUCUGUACACUGUAGUAUUCCGUACACUGUAGUAUUCCACACACUGUAGUAUUCCGUACACUGUAGUAUUCCGUACACUGUAGUAUUCCACACACUAUAGUAUUCCGUACACUGUAGUAUUCCGUACACUAUAGUAUUCCGUACACUGUAGUAUUCCACACACUAUAGUAUUCCGUACACUGUAGUAUUCCGUACACUGUAGUAUUCCACACACUAUAGUAUUCUGUACUCUUGACUCCUAAAAAAAACAGGAAAAAUAAUAAAUGAUGUUUUUCCCAUCUUCAGCUGUCCAGUUUGGGAAAAUCUGUGUCCACUGUAGCCUCAGAUUCUGUGCUUGCGGUGGAACCUGAUGUGGUCCUCUGCUGUUGUAGUCCAUUCAUCUCACGGUUUGAAGUGUUGUGUGUUCUGAGACACUUCACUGAUCACCAUUUUUGUAAAGAGUGCUUAUUUGAGUUACCUUAGACUUCCUGUUAGCUCUGGCCAUUCUCCUCUGAUCUCUCUCAUCAACAAGGUGUUUUUCUCCCUUCUGAUGUUUGAUAUGAACAUUAACUGAAGCUCUUGACCUUUAUUUGCACGAUUUUAUAAAUUAUGCUGCUGCCACAUGAUUGGUGUACAGGUGUUCCUAAUAAAGUGGACGGUGAGUGUUUAUGUACAUAUACCGUAUAUACACACACUGUAUUAUGGUGUUUAAUGUCAGAAAGUUG